UCGCUGAACGCCACCAACAUGGUGUUCAGGCGUUUCGUGGAGGUUGGCCGGGUGGCCUACGUCUCCUUUGGGCCUCAUGCCGGGAAGCUGGUAGCGAUUGUAGAUGUUAUUGAUCAAAACAGGGCUUUGGUUGACGGACUUUGCACUCAGGUAAGGAGGCAGGCGAUGCCUUUCAAAUGCAUGCAGCUCACUGACUUCAUCCUCAAGUUUCCUCACAGUGCUCGCCAGAAAUAUGUCCGACAAGCCUGGCAGAAGGCAGAUAUCAAUACGAAAUGGGCAGCCACAAGAUGGGCCGAGAAGAUUGAAGCCAGAGAAAGGAAAGCCAAGAUGACAGAUUUUGACCGUUACAAAGUCAUGAAGGCAAAGAAAAUGAGGAACAGAAAAAUCAAGCUUGAAGUUAGGAAGCUACAGAACGCAGCUCUCCUGAAAGCUUCUCCCAAAAAAGCACCUGCUGCUAAGGGUGCUGCUGCAAACGUUCCAGCAAAAAAGAUGGCCGCUGCGGGCAAGAAGGCUCCAGCCCAGAAGGUUCCUGCCCCAAAAGCUGCAGGCCAGAAGGCAGCACCUCCAAAGGCUCAGAAGGGUCAGAAAGCUCCAGCCCAGAAAGCACCUGCUCCGAAGGCAUCGGGCAAGAAAGCAUAAAAGCAUUAGAGGCUAUUAUAGAUCCGUAAUAAAGGUUCUUUUUGACA